GCGGCGCCUUAGGGCUUGUCCCCUGUCCUUUUUCCCUACAGACGUGUAUGUAGCAGCUACUUGAGAGUAACAACAACAGAAGAGAAGCCAUUGCACCAAGAAAGCCAACUAGCAAUUAUUUUUCUGGUCAGUGGAGGCGUAUCUAAAAGAGAAGAGGAAGCAAAUUCUACCGGCUAGUGAACAUCGGCCACGAUUGCUAAGCAAGGCCUUUGCUUUUGGGGGGGAGAGGGGGCGGGGAGGCUUCCUUGCUCUGGAAUCAUCUCUACUGGUAAAUUACUUAAUAUUUGGUUUCGCUGUUUUUACAUUCUCUUCCUAGUUUCCUGCACUUCAGGAGAUUGAAAAACUGCAGAGAGGAGAGAGUUUCAGUUGCUCUUUCACUUACCAAUUCCGCAAGAGCACUAGACGACAAAGAGUUAUGGAGAAGCGCCUGCAGGAGGCUCAGCUGUACAAGGAGGAAGGGAACCAGCGUUACCGGGAAGGGAAGUACCGAGAUGCUGUGAGUAGGUACCAUCGAGCUCUGCUUCAGCUGCGGGGUCUGGAUCCAAGUCUGCCCUCCCCGAUAUCUAACUUAGGUCCUCAGGGCCCGGCUCUCACACCUGAACAAGAAAACAUACUGCAAACCACCCAGACAGACUGCUACAACAAUCUAGCUGCUUGUCUCCUUCAGAUGGAGCCAGUGAACUACGAACGAGUGAGAGAAUAUAGUCAGAAAGUCCUAGAACGACAGCCUGAUAAUGCCAAGGCCUUAUAUCGGGCUGGAGUAGCCUUUUUCCAUCUGCAGGACUAUGAUCAAGCUCGACAUUACCUCCUCGCAGCUAUCAACAGGCAGCCUAAAGAUGCCAAUGUCCGGCGGUACCUCCAGCUGACACAGUCUGAACUCAGCAGCUACCAUAGAAAGGAAAAGCAGCUCUACCUGGGCAUGUUUGGUUAACAAAGAAGAAAGAUGCUCCUUCUCUUGAACUUAGAUGGACUGUUAAAUCUAAUCAAGGGGAAACCUGAGCCUCAGUAAGAGAAAUUAACCCUAUACCUCCAACCCAGGUGGAUUUCUGUUUUGUUUCCAUUUCUGCAAGCUCUGUACUACUUACACAGUCUGUGUCUUUUUCUGUCAGUCUGUAUCUUUGUGUAGCUUUCAAUACCUGUUAUUGUUGGGGAUAUCUGCCUUCAGAAAUACAAUCAGAAAACAU